AUGUUUGUUAUAUGUUAAUAGCUAACUGCUGACCCUGUCACACACACACUGACACACGUGCUUCAGCUGUCAGAGCUUUCAGGCUGGCAGCGACUGUUAAGAAACACAAAACCCUCAGAGUUAUGUGUGUUUUCAUGGAGGACUUCGUUGCUGCUGAGGCGCUUUAGCAGACAGUAUGAGUGGUCAGAGUGCGGCUCCUCCUGCCUUUAAUGGCAUCACUCCGGUUCAACAGAUGGUGGCGUCCUGCUCCGGAGCCAUCGUCACUUCUCUGUUCGUCACGCCUUUGGAUGUCGUGAAGAUCAGACUGCAAGCGCAGAAAAAUCCCUUCCCCAAAGGAAAAUGCUUCGUCUACUGCAAUGGACUCAUGGACCACAUAUGUGUGUGUGAAAACGGAAACUCCAAGGCCUGGUACAAAGCUCCGGGUCACUUCAGUGGCACACUGGAUGCCUUCGUGAAGAUCAUCCGGCAUGAGGGCAUGGCAGCGUUAUGGAGCGGUCUGCCUCCAACGCUUGUGAUGGCGGUGCCGGCUACCGUGAUCUACUUCACGUGUUACGAUCAGCUGUGUGCAGCUCUGAGGGUCCGGAUGGGAGAUCGAGCUCAGGAGGCUCCUCUGCUGGCAGGAGCCAUCGCCAGAGUGGGUUCGGCGACCGUGAUCAGCCCUCUGGAGCUGAUCCGGACAAAGCUCCAGUCCCAGAAACAGUCGUACGGGGAGCUGACUCAGCUGAUCCGCUCGGCGGUGGAGGCCGAAGGCUGGCGGUCCCUGUGGAGGGGUCUCGGCCCGACGCUGCUCCGAGACGUCCCCUUCUCGGCCAUGUACUGGUACAACUACGAGAGAACCAAGAGCUUUCUGUGUGAGCGGUACGACAGCAGAGAACCCACAUUCACCAUCACCUUCAUAUCCGGAGCCGUGUCUGGAUCCAUUGCGUCCAUCGUAACUUUACCUUUUGAUGUCGUCAAGACGAGGAGACAGGUGGAGCUUGGAGAGCUGCAAGCAAAGAACUUGUCAGGUCAAGCGUCCUCCUCCACCUUCAGUGUGAUGAGAAGGAUCGUGGCACAAGACGGCUUUCCGGGACUCUUUGCAGGUAUCUUCCCCAGGCUGAUCAAAGUGGCUCCGGCCUGCGCCAUCAUGAUCAGCUCGUACGAGUUUGGAAAGGCCUUUUUCCGCAAACACAACCAGGAGAAGAUACUGGGGCAGCCGCAGACCAGUAACACCAGACAGACUGAACAACACUAAAGUAAACAGGCUAAUAUUGCCAAAUUAAAAACUUAGGCAGAAAUGGGAAACAAAGCAAACAAAAAUCACUCACUUGACCAUUUUCUGCACUGCAAGAUAUUAAAGAUUAAAGAGCACCAUUUAUAUGAAAUGCUUUUUUAUUAUAGUAUUUAUAAUUAAAUUUUCCUCAUGUUAUGUUCAUGACUGUAGAUUCUAUGUGCACACCUCAGAAGAAAUAUUUUUUAAUCGAAAUAAUGUCCAGAUCCAGUCAUAGUACAUGUAUUUAACAGCCAGCAGAUGGCAGCCACAGUGUUGUUAUUAACAAUAAUGUCAUUAUCCAGGUGUUAAAUGUGGCUGUUCCUCUGAGAUACUGUGCCUGAAGUCUUUAUUUUAGAGUCUAUUUUAUUCCUGAGUCAGUUUUUUGUCCCAAAAUAAGAGAACCUCUAUGUUUUUGCACUUGUUCUCCAACAUUGUGUUAAUGUUGUGUAAGAAAAGAGACGCACAAAAGCUUGCAUGGUGCCAGCACAGCAUUGAACAAGGGUGGAGCAAUGACAGUUGUUUUUUUUUUUUUUUUUUGGUCUGACACAUGUAAACUUUAUGAAACUGACUUCUCAAAUGUUCUGUAUUCACACCAGAUUUUCAUGCCGUUGAUUGUACAAGCUUUUAUCACCAGUUUCAAGAAUCUCACGCCAUCGUAUCAAAUUUUCAGUUUCAGCAAGUGGAGUUUAUUCAGAAUGAAAGAUUAAAAGGCAAAUAAAUUAACAAUAAAAUGUC